AUGGGUACUCUAUUUUCACAAGGAAAUUUUUAUGGCAAUUCUGCUUUAUCACCAGAAGCUGAAGAAUCAUUAAAUCAAAUUUUAAGUGCAUUUAAUAACGAAUUCCUUGUACAAUCACGACAUAAUCAUAAUCAUAAUCAUCAACCUUCACAAAUAUUCGAUUCAUCAAAUACACAAAAAAAAGAAUUAGUAAAUAAUUUACACCAAGAACAUCAUCGAUCACGAUCAUUAGAUCAAAAUCAUUCCCAAGAACAUCAACAUAUAAGCCAAACAAAAUCUUCUAUUAUUAAACGUCGAUGGCAAUGUCAAUUAUGUCAUACAAUAAAUGGAAAUGAUGUACAAUUAUGUAUAGAAUGUGGUUCAAAUAAAAUAAAUGUUUAUAUUCCUUCUAUAAAUAAUNACUAUAUGUGUUACUCAAAGUGGCACAAGCUCGACUCCUAUGAGAUCUAUUUCUACGGAAAUCCAACUCUAUCAAUAGCGCGAUUUUAG